AUGGACAGCAAUGGUGGAAAGCUACACCUUCUCUUUAUUCGCCAUGGCGAGACACAGGAUAACAUCGACAGAAUCCUUCAGGGCCUUCGAGAUACCAGUCUGACAGAGAACGGACACAGAGAAGCGCAAAUUCUGGCAGACAAAUUACGCGGCCAAACAAUCGAUGUUGUGUACCAUUCACCCCUGAUUCGAAUCGUUCAAACGAUCCAGCCCAUUCUUGCAGAUCGCACAGGCGUUCGAUCCUUUGCGGAUCCGGAUCUUACGGGGCAGGCACUCGGCGACCUCGAGGGCGGCUCGUACGACACGAUUGACAUGAGCAAUCCAAGAAGCGCUGACGGUGGGCCGGGCGUCGAGCUCUUUGACGAUUUCGUAAGACGGCUUCUACGAGCCUUUGCACGCAUCGUGGGCACCGAGGCCAAGCUAGUCGGAGCGCAGGACCGGACCGUCGUGGUCGCGACGCACGGAGUGGGUAUCACGUCUCUUUUCAAAACUCUGGAAUGUAGUCCAUCGUGCGAGGGAUUCAACCCCAAGUUGGCCGUUCGGGGGCCGGAUGCGUUCGAGGUUAGAUGGACUGACAGCGACGAUGUUGCUCGGCUGGUAGUCCCGCAGCCGACGCAGCUACCCACGAGGGACGGGUCGUUGGAAUGGUCGUUGAUUUCGGGUCAACCAUUCGUGAUAGAAGUCUGGGGUAAGAGGGAGAAAGCAUUUUGA